ACAUUAGCCUCUGGUCAUCAAAUAGCAAAACCCAAAACAACAGCAGACGGUAUCUUCCAAGUGUCUGCUCGGGACACGGCUUCAGCCCUCUGUGGUCCCCUCUCCCCGGGGGCUUUGGGAUUCUUGUCAAGCUCCUUCAAGAGCCUGCAAGCACUUAACCAGCCACCCAGAGUUCCCCCACUGAAGAUCUGAGCAUGACCCGGGACGAGGCACUGCUGGACUCUCAUUCUGCACAGAACUUCUAUGAGAAUUAUGAGCCCAAAGAGAUCCUGGGCAGGGGCAUUAGCAGUGUGGUCAGGCGAUGCAUCCACAAGCCCACAAGCCAGGAGUAUGCCGUGAAGGUCAUCGACGUCACCGGUGGAGGCAGCUUCAGCCCGGAGGAGGUGCGGGAGCUGCGAGAAGCCACGCUGAAGGAGGUGGACAUCCUGCGCAAGGUCUCAGGGCACCCCAACAUCAUACAGCUGAAGGACACUUAUGAGACCAACACUUUCUUCUUCUUGGUGUUUGACCUUAUGAAGAGAGGGGAGCUCUUUGACUAUCUCACUGAGAAGGUCACCUUGAGUGAGAAGGAAACCAGAAAGAUCAUGCGAGCUCUGCUGGAGGUGAUCUGCACCUUGCACAAACUCAACAUCGUGCACCGGGACCUGAAGCCCGAGAACAUUCUCUUGGAUGACAACAUGAACAUCAAACUCACAGACUUUGGCUUUUCCUGCCAGCUGGAGCCGGGAGAGAGGCUGCGAGAGGUCUGUGGGACCCCCAGUUACCUGGCCCCUGAGAUUAUCGAGUGCUCCAUGAAUGAGGACCACCCAGGCUACGGGAAAGAGGUGGACAUGUGGAGCACUGGCGUCAUCAUGUACACGCUGCUGGCCGGCUCCCCGCCCUUCUGGCACCGGAAGCAGAUGCUGAUGCUGAGGAUGAUCAUGAGCGGCAACUACCAGUUUGGCUCGCCCGAGUGGGAUGAUUACUCGGACACCGUGAAGGACCUGGUCUCCCGAUUCCUAGUGGUGCAACCCCAGAACCGCUACACAGCGGAAGAGGCCUUGGCACACCCCUUCUUCCAGCAGUACGUGGUAGAGGAAGUGCGGCACUUCAGCCCCCGGGGGAAGUUCAAGGUGAUCGCUCUCACCGUGCUGGCUUCAGUGCGGAUCUACUACCAGUACCGCCGGGUGAAGCCGGUGACCCGGGAGAUCGUCAUCCGAGACCCCUACGCCCUCCGGCCUCUGCGCCGGCUCAUCGACGCCUACGCUUUCCGAAUCUAUGGCCACUGGGUGAAGAAGGGGCAGCAGCAGAACCGGGCUGCCCUUUUCGAGAACACACCCAAGGCCGUGCUCCUCUCCCUAGCCGAGGAGGACUACUGAGGGGCUGGCCAGUCAGGGAGGGCUGGGGGGCAGGUGGGGAGGGGAAGCCACGGAAAUACAAAUCAAAGGGGUGAGACGCGUGCAGACCUCUGCAGAAGGAGCACUUGGCCCUGGCCAGAAACCCCUGGAGCUGAGGCCACGAUCCCCUCUCAAAGGCUGUGCACAAGGGAAGCGGGUGUUCCCACCACACGGCAAUACCUGCAGGCUGGGGCAGGCCCUGGGUGGGCAGAGAUCACACGUGGCCUGAGAACCAGGAACCCCCUGCUCCUCCACUUCCUAGAUGAGCCAGCAUCUCCAUUUCUCUUUAGGGGAGGCCCAGAGUUACUGACACUCAGGCCUUCUUCUCUUAGGGUCACAGGGUGAGGAUCAAAGACAAAGAAAUGUCUGAGAUACACAAUCGCAGAUUUUAUUGGCCCCAUGACAUCCAGUGACAGUGUGGGAGCAGGCUACUCUCCAGGGACAUGUUUUUGGAGGCAUAUGGAGAAGGGGGCCCAGGCGAGGUGACUCACACCUGUAAUCCCAGCCCUUUGGGAGGUCGAGGUGGGAGGAUCACUUGAGGCCAGGAGUUCGAGACCACCCUGGGCAACAGAGUGAGAGCCUAUCACUACAAAAAUUCAAAAAAUUAGCCAGGCAUGGUGGUGCACACUUGUAGUCCCAGCUACUCAGGAGGCUGAGGUGGGAGAAUUGCUUGGGCCCAGGAGUUCAAGGCUGCAGUGAGCCGUGAUCACCACUGCACUCUAGCCUGGGCAAUAGAGCAAGAUCCUGUCUCAAAAAAAAAAAAAAAAAAAAGAAUAGGAAGCUUCUGGUAUUUGUCUUUCUGGAGUACUAUUUGCUUUGUGAUUCCCACAAUGCACUGCUUCACCUAGUACAUCAUUUCAUUCUCCCAGACCCUUUUAGGACUGAACUGUGCUUUAAAUAGUUACAUGUCUGCCUGUUACACAGUGGAAACUAGUUUCCUUCAGAGGGACAUGAAACCACAGAUGAGGCCACGAAGAAAGCAUUCUUCCACAGCAACUGGCUGAGAAAACAGAACCAGGAAAAAUCUGCCUUGAGGAAACAAUGUCAGCUUCCUGAAUCAUCCAGGGAGAAAGGGGGAGAGAAUAGAUUUUAAAAUGCUUAA